AUAUGUCAAAAUGUGAAACGUCAAUUGCGAACACAGAACUGACAAAUUUGUCUAAAUUCAACUCAAAAAUUGUGGAUUCUGCUACCGAUUUUUGAAUGUGUUGAACUGUGUUUGAACAAAGAAUAAGGUUGGAAAUCGUGGCGUAAUUCUCGAUAGAAUAUUAUUUAUAUGAUGGUUAAAGUUCAUUCGAAUAUACACACUACAUAAAUAUUUUGUUAUUACUUACGAAAUCAGACAAAUGUUCAUAAAAUGGAAGAAGACACUUUACCAAUAAGAAAUCUUUUGCACAGUAAUGGUGAUAUCGAAUGGCAGCCACUGGCUCUUACUUUAGUUGAAUAUCCUAAAGGUGACUGGAUUGGUAAAUUUUUUGCUUUUAUAAGUUUGUCACCCUUUGGAAUUGGCGCUGGAUUUGUUGCACUAAUACUAUUUCGUCGAGAUCUACACACUAUAGCCUUUUUCUUCGGUACAUUAGUAAAUGAAGUAUUAAAUAUUAUUUUGAAACAUACAAUAUGUGAAUCUAGACCACUAGCACGGGGCCAUUUGUAUAAUGAAUAUGGAAUGCCGUCCUCUCAUGCUCAGUUUGUUUGGUUUUUUGGCAUAUAUGUACUAUAUUUCGUUUUAAUUAGAUUGCAUCACAUAAACAACAACAGUAUAAUAUCAGCAUUGUGGCGGGUCAUCAUUGUUGGUGGUUGUAUGGUCCUAGCAGUACUAGUCAGUAUUGGUAGAGUAUAUCUCCAUUACCACACUACUUCUCAAGUUGUGAUUGGCGCCAUUGUGGGAUUUGUAUUUGCAACCAUAUGGUUUGCAUUGGUACACAGAGUCUUUACGCCUUUGUUUCCACAGUUGGUUUCAUUAAAAUUUUGUGAAAUGUUGAUGAUAAGAGAUACAACUUUAAUACCAAACGUGUUGUGGUUCGAGUACACGACGUCCCGCCAGGAGGCGCGCGCGCGCGGGCGCAAGAUGGCGGCUCUGAAGCCGUCACAAUGACGGUGCGCUCCGCUGCGCGCGCCCCGCGCGUGACGGCUGCUCGCGGCGGCGGCGCUCGCGUUGCUCGGCGGUGUGCUGCUUACCAAAUCUGAACCGGCUCGUUCAAUGUUUCCCUAUUGACAUAUUUUGAAAUCCCGUUUAUUUAUAAAACAGUUGCUUUAAUCACUCCAUUAUUGCGGUAGGAAAUUUUGUUUAUUGUUAUCGUAAUUAUGAAUAGGUAAAAUCACGACCUGUUGUAAUCUAAUAAUGCAAUAAUUGUGUAAGAAUAAUCUAGUAUAAAGUUAAAUAGAUAUUAGUCGCUAAUUUUAUUUAAGUCAAUAGAUAAUAAUGAUGUUUCUAUGGUGUGUUUGGGUUACUUGACGAAUAGUAUUAUAGUAUCAAAAUACAUACAGUACUUUAUCGCUCUUGAUCUUUACAAAAAGCCAAGAUAGUGAGUCACAGAAUUUUUUUGGUGGUAAGAUAUAUUUUAUAUCUACCCUGAUAGCGACCACCGUACACAAGGUGUUAAAACCCGCCAUAGUUGCACAUCUAAGUAGAUCGCGUUCCGGCAUCCACCUGUGUGUAUCCGGUUCCAACAGGCCGGCACAAUUGUAUCGACUGUCGAGGGGUAAUCGUCUCUCGUGAGUCGACAUUCUAGACCCCACUCUACUUACCACCAGGUGCAGUGGGUUCAUUUUGGCGUGUCCGCUGAAAAAAAAUUGGUCUUCAUCCGAGUAAUAAACAUUCUUGCUAAAAAGCAGUUAGGAUUCGUAGCGAGUACCGGCCGCGGCGUAUUACAGCGCUUCGCGCCACGCAAUACUCCCGUCCCGUCGCGUCGAGACUCGAGGGUCCUUCGAUGUCGUACUGUAUGAUAUUUUUGCAUGUCAAAGUCUGUGUCUUACUAUUGGAGGAUUAAUUUUAAUUUACUAGAAAAAUAUUAAUGAUACAUAAUUACAAAUCAAACUUUCAUGGUUUUGCGGUUGUGUUAUAAUAUGACAAUGGGAAAAUAUAUAAAAUCCCUUAUGUAAUAAGCAUUAUAGAUCUAGAUAUUACUGAAGUUGUAUUUUUUCUAGUAAACAAUGCUGCUACUAUUACGUUUUGUAUAUUGUAAAAAAAAAACACUAGUUAUAAUAUGUUAUUGUGCAUGAAUACUAGAAAGAAAAUAUUUUUGUAAUAGCAUAAUCAGAAAAUGCAUUCAAGUAGGUAAUUAAAAAAUAAAAAACUAAUAUUUAAAAAAUGGAAAUAGUUCCAAGAAGUGACAUACGUAUAAUAGAGGAGCCACUUUUUACAAAAGUGUCUAAAUCAAGUCUACAUUUAGUACAUACUUCGUAUACAAUAUACACUUUAAACAGAUGAAACAAUCGCACGGGAUGUUCCAUUUUUGUAACUCGAUAAAUUCCAUCGUAUACAUCUAUGAAUUGUUCAUUGUUAUGUACAAAUCAAAUAGGCAAUGAUCGAGUAUGUCGUGUUAUAAUUUGAUAGGACCGUCGGUGUAACUUCGCAUAUUAAAUUUAUUGCCUAUCUCAAAAGGCUCCUUAAUUAUACGCACAUAUAAUUACCUGUAUAUAAAUCAUGGACAUAGAAAAUGAAUUGUGCUUUGCUUAUUCUUAUGACCUAACCAGUAGUCAUGUGCAUAUUGGCAAAAAAAACUUGUGUAAGGGAAUUUUUGGAAUUCUUUAUGGAUUCCGACUUACACAUGGAGACGCAUCAGUUUUCAAUAUUCGCCUUUGACAAUAUACUUAUAUAACGAGAUAUAUGGGUCAGAGUAGCUUUGUCAUUUCUACUGAAUAGUUAAUGUGAAGGUGAUAUUGCUUAAUUCAUUUCCUAUGUUUAUGAAUCAAAUCGAAUGUAAGGACAUAAUGAAAAACGUAAAAUAACAUUGACACCUUUGUAAAAAAAAAACUGUAAAGAAAUAGAUACCAUUGCAAUGUAAUUAUA